UCACCAUAGAUAUCUGGUGAACAUGGUAGUGAUGUUCAUACCCAGAGAACAGCUGUAGCUAAUGCUACGUUCCUCCUGUGUUGAACACACCAAUGUCAACAUAAAUAUGCCACAUUACUGAAACAUCUCUGCUGCAUGUGUGGGUCUGAUGCUGGGCUCUAAAGGCAGGAAGCAUGCAGCAGAAGCGGAACAUUCAAAUCAUAGAAUGGGAGGACUUGGACAAACGCAAGUUCUACUCAUUCGGAGUAUUCAUGACCAUGGCCAUCCGUGCCACAGUUUACCCGGCCACACUCAUCCGCACCAGGCUGCAGGUUCAGAAGGGAAAGUCACUCUAUACUGGAACCUAUGAUGCCUUCCGGAAGAUACUCGGAGCUGAAGGAUUGAGAGGACUUUACAGAGGCUUCAUGGUGAACACUUUCACGCUCGUAUCAGGGCAGGCAUACAUCACCACUUACGAGCUGGUGAGAAAGUAUGUCUCCAACUAUUCCAAAGACAAUACACUGAAGUCAUUAGUGGCAGGAGGGUCAGCAUCACUGGUGGCCCAGAGCAUUACUGUUCCUAUAGAUGUAAUAUCCCAGCAGCUCAUGAUGCAGGGCCAAGGGGAGCAUCUGACCCGCUUCAAAACAGUUUCAGGUGCAAAGCAUCCAUUAUAUUUUGGGCAGACGAGAGACAUUAUUGCACAGAUAUUUGCUGCAGAUGGUGUUCAUGGGUUUUACCGAGGAUAUGUGGCAUCUCUCCUGACAUACAUCCCCAACAGUGCAGUCUGGUGGCCAUUUUACCACUUUUAUGCAGAACAGUUGUCCAAGAUGGCUCCAAGUGACUGCCCUCAUCUACUGCUGCAGGCCAUGGCUGGACCUCUAGCAGCUGCCACUGCCUCCACCGUCACCAACCCCAUGGAUGUCGUCAGGGCAAGAGUUCAGGUGGAAGGCAGGAGAUCAGUCUUAGAAACUUUUAACCUAUUGAUCAGAGAGGAAGGAUUCUGGGGGAUGACCAAAGGCCUCUCUGCUCGCAUCAUAUCUUCAACACCCACAGCAAUAGUCAUGGUGGUUGGAUAUGAAACUCUCAAAAAACUCAGCCUACGGCCAGAGCUGGUUGACUCCCGUCACUGGUAAAAAAUAAAUAAAUAAAUAAAAACUCUACAAAAAAACCAUUUACAGGGUCUCAGUCAUCUGCUCUAUGACUCUUACACACCAUCUUUUUUGUCAUUUUUGCCUUUCAAACUUCCUGCCUUUUGAUAAUUCAGUGUGACUUGGCAGAUUUCAUUUUGGGUUUUUAUGGAAAUCGUUUUAGCUAACUGUAACAUUGCAGCUAGUGAGCUCUGUUAUUGCAUUUUAAUGGAAAACACUGCUCAGGUUUGUAAUAGGUGCAUUAAUUUUUCUGAAUGAUUUUUAAGAAGUAUGAGAUCUAACAGAUUGAAUGUUUUUGAAAAGGAGAGUAUUUUGUCACUAAUUUAUAAAUCAUUGUAUAAGUAGUAUUUUAAAUGUCUAUUUUGUCACUGCUCAUUUUCAAAAGUAGAUACAGAAUAUUUAUUUUAAUGUAUUUAAUUUAAGGAACUCGCUGUAUCAGGCUGUCCCCACAUUGACAUGUUUUCAGUAGUAGUGCAGUUACUAUCAUAAUUUAAAACAUACUUUUAAGGUGCAUGUGCUGUAACUAUCUCCUCAUGUGCAUGUUGUCCUUGUUUUUUUGUGGGAUGUUUGAAGUUGCCAAAGUUUGGGGAUAUUCAAGGAAAAAUUGUGUAUCUGUUG